GCGCCAUCUUACGGUUAUACUUGAUUUCUAUUUUAAGGUGCUUAUACAGUUCCAAUAGAUUUCUGGAGAUUUUUUUUUUGUUAAUUAAUUUUUAUCAAUUGAUUCAAGAGGUUUGCCAAAAGAACAGCAUGAGUGCAGAAAUAUGUUUAAAAUGUGCCAAAUAUAAACAAUUCUGUAUGGAAGAAAUGAGGAGAAUGGAGAAAGAAUUAUUCGAUUUUCAAGAGAUUUGCAACAAACAGAUAAAAGAAGCAAUGGAAAAAGGAAAAACUGUCAAGGAAGGACUGCAAAUUGAGAUUGAAGCUCUCAAAAAAGAAAAGAAAAGAUUAAAGAAAAAGAAAGAUUUAAGUGAAAAUGCCGACAUUGCAUCUAGGACCAGCACGUUUUACAGAAAUAAACAAAAAUUGAGCGAAGCUGAAAGUGAAAUAGUUGAAAAAGAAGAGGAUUUAGUUGAAAGGCAUGAAAGAAUUUUAGAACUUGAACGAGAGAUUGAGGAGAAGGAGGAAUUUCUAAAGAAACGCUCUAUAAUUGUAAAAAAGAAAGAGCAAGAUUUAUAUGACUAUGAUGAACAUUUAGUUAAAUUAUCAUCCGAAUUGGAUUUAAAGAAAAAGGAACUAGAAAAAGAAUGUCAAGAUACUCAUGGAGUUAAAAGAAGAGAGACAGCUAAAUUAAAUUGGGAUUUUUUAAGAAAAGCUUUUAAAUCUAAAGUUACAUAUUCCAGUGGUAAUUCAAGUGAACUUGAAAUAGAAUUAAAAGAAACACAGAGAAACUUAUCAGAAAAAGAAGAAAUUAUUCAACGAUUAACAGACAAGGUAACAAAAUUGGAAUAUUCUCGUCUUCAAAUAAAUAAGAGAUUAGAGCAAUACGAAUCGAAGCCAUCAAUUAUAAUAACGAGUGAUGAUAAACCUUACACAGCCGAAGAGGUUAAGUUUCCACCCCCUUUAAAUAGGAGUAGAUCAGUUGGCGGUAGCCUAAGACGAGAAAGUAAUAAUAGUGCAUUUCAGUAUACAUAUGAAAAUGAGGCUCCUUUGGUGUCAACGACUUGCUCUCUAAUGUAACUAUUUGGGAUUUAAGCAAAAGGUCCUCGUUUUACCCAUAAACACGAUAGGAAAAUAUAUAUAAAACAAUUAGAAAAAGAAGAAACAAAGUUUGAUUAUUUUAUUUAUUUAAUUGGAAAAAAAAAUCUCCUAAAAUAGCAACAAAAAAUUGACUUAGAAAACUAAUUAAAAUCUAUUUCAAUUUGUUAUCUUGAAUUGAUGUUCACGAUGUUUGUUUUUUUUCUUUAUUUUGAACGAUCAAUAAUACCAUGAUUGAUUCUAAUCCUUUUUUUCUUUUUUUUUUCUAACAUUCAGCACUUUUUAUCCCGAUUUUCCCCAUUUGAUAAAGAAACGCACAAUCCAAACGGGAGGGAACGAACUUUCAACUAUAUUUUCAGCAUCUUCGAACAACUAACCGCACAAUCGUUUUAACUUUUACACAGAAGAUGGCCUUAGUGCUGAAAAUAAUAAAUUGACUAAAAGACGCGUUUAGCACGUUGAGAAGGGAUAAUUACAUAUUAUUAUUUACUAUUUAUUGUUCAUUGAAUCUAUACAACGAAAAUAGUAAUUAAUCUUUUAACAAAUCUAAUAUUUAUUAUUGAUCUACCAUCUUAUUGGGUGAGAAAUGUUGAGG